AUGACAGACAAAAUGGAGGCUUCUGAUGCAUGCUCAGUAAAUGAGAGUCUCGUUUGUUCAGGCACCAAGGUAGCUUCUCCGCACCUCUCUUCAUCUUCCAGUACUGCCUCAACUUGCGACUUAAAUUCCUCUCAGUCCUCAAAUAACACAUUAGAUGUCUCCAAAGCGACUAUUGAUUCGAGUGCUUUUCCUCCUGCUGCAUCUCUUUCUAGUUGCAGCUCUUUGAAGCAAAACUCAAUGCAGCACAUUGCUGUUCCUGACACUUUUCCGGUACCUUCUGAUCAUAUGCCAAUUACUUUUAUCCCUUCCGAUUCUUCUCAGCCCGACCUUACUUUGAAAUUUAAGAUGAAGGCAAAAAUUCCUAGUCGAGGGUCUCGACGCCUAAAAAAAUCCAUUAUUUCACCACUUGCUGUCCGCACCUCUUUACAUUCUUCGUCUUCACACUCCUCUUUCAUUCUCGACCGUCACUGUGUCCGCUCACCAGUUAAGAGAUAUGGUGGACUGCCAGCGUGCACUUCGAUUAUACUGCGGCGUAAACGCAGAUUAUCUGGUUAUUCCCAGUAUUCUUCAUCAGCCUCGGAGACGCCGAAGUUUAUUUCAUGUAGACAUUCUCCCAGAAUAAAUCAAAGAUCAAGAAAUCACGUUAGAGACUGCCUAAGCCCACUACCGGAGACUCCUCAUUCAACUCUUCAAACUAGUCGUAAGAUUUUACAUUGA